AUGGCCGGUGACCCCGCUGCAGUGCUGCAGCAGCUACAUGGCCAGGUGUCGAGUUGGGAUGCGGUGCAGGACGAGCUUCUGCUGCGGGCGUUGCAAUCCCUCAGAGACGGGAUCCUCAGGCGAGCCGAGAUCACGGAGGAGAGGCUGCAAAAGACGGCCCGGCGCGCGGAGGCUGUGGGCCUGAAGCUGCGAAUGGCCUCCUGCAGCCUGGAAGUCCUGGCGCAGAGCCAGUUCCUGGAGCACAGAGUGGAGACAGAGGAGGACACCGUUCUGGAGGCCUCUGCAGAUGCUGUGGAGGACAUCUGGUCGAACUUAGACGUGGAGACCGCCCCGGAGGCUGAGAUCGAGGCAAUCCGGCAAGCCUUCAGCCUGGGUCAGGACUUCGUCCACAUGAAGGUAGACGAGGACUGGCCGGCCCUUCCCGUGGUGGUUGGAAGCGAGGCUUGGCAUACCACCUGGGAUGCUCCGCAGUCCGUGGCGGACUUCCUGGCUGAAGAGCCUCCGAGUCCUCCGCGUUUCGAGGAGGCUCAGCCCCAGGCCGAGGCUGCCCAGGAGCAGGUGGACGAGCACGGCGACGAGCACGCCGAGCUGGCGGAGCACGAGGAGCUGGAGAGCUCGCACCGUGACGACGCGUCUCCGAAACCGGUUGCGGAGGAGGCGCCUGACUUGGUGUCUUCCCUGAACGCACUCUUCGCGCGCAGAGGUGGUCCGCUCGAGGGAGAGGAUGCUGGUGGACCGGCCGUUGCCGGCGGUCCACCCCUUCCAGUUCCUGUUCCCAAGGCGAAAGGCAAGGGCAAAGGCAAAGGCAAGCCUGGUGGGAAACCAUCUUCGAGGCCUACCGACAGCCUUUUCGACGACAGCGGCAGCUUACCUGUGCCAAGCUCACAGGCGGCCCAGACAUCCCCCGCGAAGAGUGGAACAUCCUCGCUUUUUGACGAGCCGGAGAUGCCUGCACCGGUUGCCGCCCCGGCGAAAGCUGCGGAUCCGAAGGCGCUUUCGUUGAAGCCGCCGAUGGCCUCGCUCUUUGACGAUGAGCCUGCUCUCCCACCAGCACAGAAGGCAUCGCCUGCGAAAAGCGGAGUGUCGUCGCUGUUUGACGAUGAUGCACCAUCACCAGCGAAGGCUCCAUUGACCUUGAAAGCUGGAGCGUCCUCUCUCUUCGAUGACGAGCCCGCCUCCAGUGCUUCGCAGCCGAAGGCGCCUCUCACAUUGAAAAGUGGCAUGGCGUCGCUUUUCGAUGACGAUGAACCUGCAAAACGUCCAGCAGCAAAGACGAAGGUGAUGGCCUCCCCGAAGAAAGCCUCAGGGCCAUCGCCGUUUUCCGAGCAGCCCGUGCCUGCCAAAGUCGCAGAGCCAUCGGCAUCGGCGGCAAAGGCAAAGGCCACCCAGGCGCCUGUCCCCAAAAGCGCGGCAUCACUGUUCGAUGAUGAUGUUCCUCUACCGGUGCCUGCGAGCAGAGUGGUCACGAAGGCACCACCGGUACCACGUGCUCACGAUCCGCUCUUCGAUGACGAGGUCGCACCGAAAGCAACUUCCCGAGCUGGUGCUCUGGGACCUCUGGGCCCGAGCUCGGCCCCGCCGAAGCCGGGCGCGGGCAUCUUUGACGAUGCGCCACUGCCCGCUUCGAUGACCGCACCGAAGAAGCCGAAAGCUGCUUCCCUCCUCUUUGAUGAUUCAGAUACCUCUGCAAUCAGGAGUUCCGGCACCGAUCCCCUCCUGGCUGCGGGGAAAGGCGUCGGCCUACUGGCAGCAGUGGCGAGCGAGCCUCCUCGCAAAGCCUUGCCGGAGACCGAGCCAGAGCCGCCAAAGGCGCCUGCGAAGCUCCCGACGGCCGCGGAGAGCCUGUUCGAGGAGCCAUCUUCGGACAAAGCCGUGGGAUCCACCGCCAUGCCUCCGCAGAGUGCGUCUCGCGCAAAAGCCAGACCGGCUGCCGAGGCUUCUCUCUUCGGUGAUGAGCCGCAGGGGGGUGCGGGCACGGCGUCCCUGUUUGGCAACAAGCCUCCGCCAGCUCCGAUCCGGCCGGGACCCUCCGCAGCGAGCGCCGUGGCAGCGCUCUUCGACGCGCCCGAGCCGUCGUCGCAGGCUCCCUCCUCGGAGACGCGAGCGGCGAAGCCUGCCAAGCCUGCCGUGCCUGCCCAGAGCCCCGAGUCGGCAGGGGGCGCUGUGGGCGCUGGGGGCGCUGUGGGCGCUGGAGCCGAGCGGCCUUCCUUGUUCGGAGGAAGUGCAAGGAGUGUGAUGGCAUCCAUCUUCGAUGACGAUGAUGAAAAGACCUCGGCGACAUCAUUCUUAGCUGCCAAGCCGACAGCAGCGGGCCAUCAGGCAGGUGCGGGUGCGAGUCAACCUGUGGCGUCUGUGACACCCGGAGCUCCGAUGGCCGCAGCUACAGCUGCCGAGACUGUCACAGCCGAAGCCAACGUGGCGGAGCCGACGGUGUCGAAGGCAGCUGAAGCUCCCGAAGCCUCGGUGAAGUCGACAGCGGCCGGUCGUUUGGCUGCCCUCCGGCAACGGAUCUCCUCAGGCUCGUCCGGUUCUGACAGCGACGCUGCAUGGGAGCCGGAGCCAAAGCCAAAGACAAAGCCAGCAGCUGCAUCUGCAAGUCUCUUCGGGGCCCCGGGGCCCGCAGCUGUGUCUGACCCCUUCGGCGAGCCUGCCGGAGGUCCGGGGCCGCUGCCGGAGCCCUCAAAGGACUCGGGCUUCCCUGCUUCGGCUGCACCUAGGAAAGACAGCGAGCCGCGUGGGGAGUUUGCUGCACCAAAGGAGGACGUGCAAGAGGAAAGAGCGGAACCUGUACAGCAGGCAGCCAUGAGUCUGCCAGACCCCUCCCCCGGCCUCCCAGCAGAAAGGGCUUCCAAUGUCGCAAGCGAGCGGCCUAGCCUGUUCGGUGGAACCAAAGGCCCAAGUGGUCGAACAAUGAACAGUAUAUUUGAUGACGACGACGAUGACGACUUCCUCAAGCCGGGCCCUCUGGCAAAGGGGCCCGCGCCGUCGUCGGCUCCUCGCAGCAGUCUGAGUUCCUUGUUUGGCGAGCCCGGCGGGCCUGCGCCUGGGCCUCCCCUCCCGGUCCCCAGCAAGGCACCGCCACCGACAUCUGCGCCGAGUUUGGCCGAUCCUUUGCGAGCAGGCCCACUCAAGACGGAGCAGAAAAAGGAGGAGGAGAAAGACCAAGAUGUGCAGAGUCCGCCCAACAAGGUGGAGGCGCCGAUCGCCGCUUUGGGGGCGAGCAGGGCCGCGGAGGUCUUGCAGCUCGUGGCAGCGGGGCGCUUCGAAGAGCUCCUGUCCGCAUGCGAGGACCUGGAGCUCUCGCCGUUAUCGCUGGAUCCAAGCGCUGCCGCGCCCUCACCGGAACAGGUGGAACAGCAGGGCCUCCUGUGUGCCGUGCACUUGCUGGCGUAUCUUUUAGAAGGCCAGCUGGAUUCAGCGCGAUUCCUCUGGAAGAGGACACCCGCAGCAGUGCAGCAGUAUCCCCAAGCUGCAGCUGCACACCGGGUUCUAGCAGCGCGAUGGCGGAGGCAAUAUGCCGAAGCUUUCGCGCAGCUCCAGGCGGGUCCUCCUUGGGACAGCCGCUUGCAGCCCCUAGUGGCCGAGGUAGUCUCUAGAAGUCGAGAAGGACUUUUGGAGAAGAUUGGUAAGGCAUACAAGGUCGUGUCGUUGUCAUGCGUCGCCGCCAUGCUGGGCAUUGAUGCCGUUGCGGCGCGAACAGCCUGCGAAAGCAGAGGGUGGGCCCUUGACGCAGAGGGCAACGUGUCGCCAUCUUCAGCCAAGCCUGAAGAUGAUCUGAUGCAGAUGGGCGAGGCCCAGCUGCAGAAGCUCACGGAGUACAUGGCUCACCUGGAACAGCAGUCGUGCAAAAUUUGA